CUUUCCCCAUACAUUGUUGUGUAGCCCACAAAUCGAGCGAGACUGUCAUUUGCGGCACCUGCUGCUUUUGUAUGACGUUAAGACAAGGAACAAACAAAAAAAGAAAUGUUGUAAUACUGCACCCGCCUUUCAAUUUUAAUCUAAUUUGGGGGAAACAACGCUUUAAAUUUACCCCCAACCAGUUUGCUUUUGUAGCGUGUUGUUCAUGUGAGAUUGGGCUGAAGAGAAAAACACAGAGAUGCCUCUUGGACGCCCAGCUUGCAGCAUAAUAUGUGACGCUUCUCCUCUUAUAUAAAACGAUUAUUGGAGCUGCAAAAACGGACUUGUGUGCCUUGUAAUGGAAUACUGCUCCAUAAAAACUUGUUCUCAAUUUGACUUUUUCCUUAAGGUCCCUUCUCCUUUGACUCUGUGAUUUCUUAGAUCUCGUGACAACUGUUAUUGAUAGAGUCAUAAGACCUUACCAACCAUGUCCUCAUAUGAACAGUAUGAGAUGAAAGAUGCCUCGUUGAAGGAUGGCUCCAAAAAUACAACGCGUCUGGAUGAAGAUGUGGAGAACAUGAACUGGGACGCGGGCUCAGAUGGAUCUUCUAAAGGCCCUGAUGCAACUACGGGCCAUGUUAGGGAUACACAGGUUAAGAGGGCGUUAAAGCCUCGUCACAUCACGAUGAUUGCGCUUGGAGGUACCAUCGGUACCGGUUUGUUCAUCGGUCUCAGUACACCGCUCUCCAUUGCCGGUCCAGUCGGUGCUCUUAUUGCUUACCUCUUUAUGGCAACCUUGGCAUACUCGGUUACACAAUCGCUUGGUGAGAUGGCAACGUAUAUCCCAGUGACUUCGUCGUUCACUGUCUUCACCGCCAGAUUUUGUUCCCCAGCCUUGGGUGUCACUAUCGGUUAUAUGUAUUGGUUCUCAUGGGCAAUCACCUUUGCGCUUGAAUUGAGUAUCGUUGGUCAGAUUAUUGAAUACUGGACAUUUGCAGUUCCCUUGGCCGCGUGGAUUGCAAUCUUCUUCGUUAUUCUUACCUGUGGUAACUUCUUCCCUGUUAAGUACUACGGUGAAGUUGAAUUUUGGGUUGCAAGUAUCAAAGUCAUUGCCAUCAUCGGUUUCAUCAUCUACGGUUUGUGCAUGGUCUGUGGUGCUGGUCCAGAAGGUGCUAUUGGUUUUAGAUACUGGAGAAAUCCAGGUGCUUGGGGUCCAGGUUACCUGUUCCCAGAUACUGCUAGGGGUCGUUUCUUGGGUUGGUGGUCGUCACUUAUCAACGCUGCCUUCACAUACCAAGGUACAGAGUUGACAGGUAUUACUGCAGGUGAAUCUAAAAACCCUAGAAAAACAGUUCCAAGAGCUAUCAACACCGUCUUUUUCAGAAUCUUGAUCUUUUACAUCCUUUCCUUAUUCUUUAUCGGUAUGAUGGUUCCAUAUAACGACUCUCAAUUGAACUCCGAUGAGUCAUAUGUGUCCUCUUCACCUUUCAUCAUUGCUAUUCAAAACUGUGGAACUCCAGUUUUACCGGAUAUUUUCAAUGCUGUUAUCUUGACAACCAUCAUCUCUGCUGGUAACUCGAACGUUUACGUUUCAUCCCGUAUCUUGUAUGCAUUGGCACAGAACAAGUUGGCCCCAAGAGUUUUCACUUUCACUACAAAGGGAGGUGUCCCAUACAUUGCAGUGAUCUUCUCUGCUAUGUUUGGUCUUUUAGGAUUCAUGGUUGUUUCAAGUGGUGCCACGACGGUCUUCAACUGGUUUUUGAAUAUUACAGCUGUUGCUGGUCUUAUUGCAUGGCUUUUCAUCUCCGUCUCACACAUCAGAUUUAUGCAGACAUUGAAACACCGUGGUAUUUCACGUUCAGAGCUGCCGUUCACGGCUACUUUCAUGCCAUUCAGUGCAUGGUAUGCGACUUUCUUCUUCUCAUUGAUCAUUUUCUUCAACGGUUAUGACUCGUUUGUUCUGGGCUUCAGCACCGACGCCUUCCUUACAGCCUACAUCUCCGUCUUCAUCUUCCUGGGGUUGUGGAUUUUCUUCCAGUUCUUCUGGUUCAGAGGACCAUUACUCGUUCCAAUUGAGGAAGUUGAUAUCGACACCGACAGACGUGAGAUUGAUAACAUUGUCUGGGAGGAGGAACCACCAAAGAACCUCUGGGAGAAGUUCUGGGCCGUUCUUGCAUGAUAACUCAACGUUUGUGAUGUUAUAUCUUCUCUUCUUUGUACCAUCUGUAUUUUAGUUCGAUUGGGCUUGCUUGCAUUGGCAAUCAGGGUUUAGUGCUGAAGAAUGACCUACGCACACCCCUGCUUCUCACUUGAUUUUACCAUGUAUAUCACUUAAGCCAUUCUCUAGACACCAAUCGCUUCUGUAGCAUAGUACCCCAUGUCCAAGCCUUGCAACAUCCAAACACCAAUGGUCUCACUGUUCCCAGUGAAUGACGUCAAAGUUGCUGCUCCCCCCCCCCCCGCGACUGGCCGUGCAAUUCAGGGAAAACUAGGAAAAGGAAAAAAGAAAGAAAAAAAAAAGAGGAACCACAGCAAUGUGUCCGGUUGUGUGUGUCAGCAUAAACACAACAACACAUCUCUAUCGAAGGGCCCACAUCUGUCUGACUAAAAGAAG